UAUCGAACCAUCGUAUGCCCCAGUGCUGGUCCCUGAGCUGGGGAUUGCCACCCUCAGAGCUCGCGUUGCAUACAGAAAAAUUAGAUCGAUGGACUAGAGACUGGGCGCGAGCACGACUGGAUGGAUGAUCGCUCGUGUCCCCUCAUGCUUGCCCGCCUGCCAGCCAUGCAAUGCGGAACCAGGCAGCGGUGAGCAAACACGCAGCUCGCUCGCCAGCGCACAUGGCGAGAGAAACCGGGAAAGGCGAGGAUGCGAAAGGAUCAUAUUUAGCACGAUCGGAGGACGAGCACGUAGGGCUUUGUAGAUGCAUAGACUGGGAAUGUUGGGAUUAUUGUCUUCGAUGCUGUUUUUGCAUCUUUCGCCAUCUGAAGGUUAUCGUAUCCGAUACCGGCGUAAUGGGAACCUUGAUAUUGCAAAUACGGGAAGAAGGAGGAGCUAGUAAUGCAGUAAAGGAAAGUCGUAGACUACAAGAGACAUAUUCUAGAAUAUGCGUAGACAUUUCCAGUGUGCUAAUAUUACAACAUCCGCAGGCCAUACGCAACACUGCGGAGAGCCAUCUAGCAAACAUAGCAGGUAUUGGAGGGUAUGGAAACUGCCGUUAUCGCACUUCGAGGAUACGAAACUAGAUAAAGAAGGAUGACAUGAAGAUCGCAGGCAAGAGUAAAGAGUAGGCUAAUGACCUUUACCCUCCCAACUAGAAGUCCCAGCCGACGCAAGUCGGUCAAAGCAACCAAAGCGCUGGCCUGUCUUCUUUCCGCAUGCCAGUAAACAGGUUUGGACCG